AUGCCUCCUCGUCGCAAUGAUGAUGCGAUGGAAGUCGACUCGGACUCGGACCUUGAGCUGAACUUGCUGGCCAACUCUCGCGCCAAAGGCAAGGGCAAAGCUGCAGACAAGCAGAAGAAGGACAAGGGAAAGAGCAAGGCCAAGGAACUAGCCUAUACGUGGGAGGCAUCAUAUACACGCUCAUGGGAUACCGUUCAGGAGGAUGAGGCUGGUAGCUUACAGGGCGCGGUGGAGGAUUGGGUCGCGCGGAGCAGACGGCGGAGGCUGCUCGCACCCGCCAAUGCAAUUCGAAGAGCAAUCAUUCGACACCUCAUUUUGCUCAUAGACCUCUCGAGCUCCAUGUUGGACCGAGACAUGCGACCCACUAGAUUUGAUCUGACACUCGAGUACACCCGCGAAUUUAUCACAGAGUGGUUUGACCAGAACCCGCUGGGGCAAAUUGGAGUUGUUGGGAUGCGAGCUGGGGUAGGAGAGCGCAUAGGAGAGAUGUCUGGGAAUCCACAGGAAGUCCUAGGCUCCAUUGCAGAUCGACAUAAAAUCGAACCGACGGGUGAACCCAGUCUUCAGAACGCGAUCGAGAUGGCUCGCAAUGGCAUGAGUCACCUUCCGACGCACUCGUCUCGCGAGAUUCUCAUCGUUAUUGGCUCCCUUACGACAUGCGACCCGGGCAACAUCCAUGAUACGCUCGAUUCAUGCGUGAAAAACAAAAUUCGCGUGUCCGUAGUUGCGUUGGCUGCUGAAAUGAAGAUAUGUAGGGAACUCUGCGAUAAAACUGGAGGUCAGUUUGGCGUUGCCCUGAACGAAGGGCACUUCAAGGAUCUCCUCUUCGAACUCGUCCCUCCACCCGCGCAGCGUGCAGUCAAUCGUGCCGGCGGAGGAGCAGGAAGUACCUCGGCAGACCUCAUGAUGAUGGGCUUCCCGACGCGACUGCCAGACACGACCCCACCGAGUUUGUGCGUGUGUCACUCUGACCUGAAGAGCGAAGGGUUCCUGUGUCCGCGGUGUAUGGCCAAGGUGUGCGACGUCCCAACGGAUUGCGACAUUUGCGGCCUCAUGAUUGUGAGCUCACCACAUUUGGCACGGAGCUACCACCAUUUGUUUCCUGUGAGACCAUAUCAAGCUAUGUGA